AUGGCAUGGGCGUGGACGGUCGUCUGUCUUUCUGUCCAGCGCUUCGUUGCUGUCGUUUCUGUCUUCAUCCUUGGACGCACCGCGGCAUGUCUGUGCUAUGGUGAUGCUGGACGAAGCAUGUUGGACGCGCUGCUUCAAUCCUGCCGGGAAAUUGCCGACCAGAUCUUUGGCCUCCGCUGUUCUUACUGUCUUGCACAAGAGAUGCGUCGCGACGUUCUGGCCGUCCUCCUCGCAGUGCUGUGCACAGCUAGAUGGCUGUACGUGUCCUGUGAAGACCACAAAUCCGGAGGUGCACAGGACACAGCAACAGAUCCAGUGCCUCUUCGCAGCCCAGAGCUAAACAUCCCAACGCCUUCCAGAGCGCGCGGGCGGAUGAAGUCGCCAUCACGACAUAUCCUGGGCCCUGCGGACUCUGCCGAGGAACUGCAGCUCCUCGCAACGAUGAACACUUGCUCCGCUGAGGAACUGCGGAGAAUUUUCCAGCAAUCCAGCCUGGAUUAUGUCGACGGAAUGGAAGCGGUCAGCCGACUCCUGCAAGCCCGGCAGCUGAGGACAAUUCAGACCCUCGAUGAGCUGGCGACCAGUGCCGGCAUGCACCGAAAAUCUGUCAAUGCUCUGCUGCAACGACUAUAA